CUUCGUAUUUAUUAUUUGGUUAAGCCUAAUGACGGUCCUACAAGUUAAAAGGCUUUCUGGGGCCUAUCCAUGCUGAGACGUGGCAUGGGAAAAAGAGCAUUAAGAGUGCCCUAGGCAUAGGAAAAGCGUUCUGAAAGGUAGGGAGUGGCAAGAGAGGUUCGGUAUUGAAAAAUUUUCAGUAUAGGUUGAAAAGUAAAGUCUGUGAAUUUGUGUUGAGAAGAGGAGGUGCAGGUGCUGAAAGAAGAGUCUGGAGUAUAAGCAGAGGCAGAGUAAACUAUGUUAAGGAGUUUGAAUUGUAUCCUAACAGCAAUGGAGAGUCACAGACGGGUUUAAAGCAGAUGAGCAACAUGUUCUGUUCUGUAGAAGUCCUGAAAAAGAAGAUGAAGAAAAACAGAGAAAGAUUCUGCAACAGAGAGAGGGAAUUUGUGUAUAAAUUCAGAGUGGGAAGUCAGGGCUUCGAACUGAGGGUACCCCUCAGAUUUCCUGUUCAAGAGAAUGCCGGUCAUUUACAUGGACGUUUGAUGCUGCUGCACAACUUACCGUGCUUUAUAGAAAAAGACUUAAAAGAAGCUCUGAGCCAGUUUAUAGAAGAAGAAUCCCUCAGAGAUUAUGACCGAGAUGCUGAAGCAGCUCUGGAAGCCGUGAAGUCUGGGGAAGUGGAUUUACAUCAGCUGGCAACUACAUGGGCCAAAGCUUAUACGGAGACCACAUUAGAGCACGCGAGGCCAGAAGAGCCCAGCUGGGAUGAAGAUUUUGCAGAUGUGUACCACGACCUAAUCCAUUCUCCCGCCUCUGAAACCCUCCUAAAUUUGGAACACAAUUACUUUGUUAGUAUCUCAGAACUGAUUGGCGAAAGAGAUGUGGAGCUGAAAAAAUUGCGAGAGAGACAAGGUAUUGAAAUGGAAAAAGUGAUGCAGGAGUUGGGAAAAUCACUGACAGAUCAAGAUGUAAAUUCAUUGGCAGCUCAACAUUUCGAGUCCCAGCAAGACUUAGAAAAUAAAUGGUCCAAUGAACUAAAACAAUCCACUGCCAUUCAAAAGCAAGAGUAUCAGGAAUGGGUGAUAAAACUUCAUCAGGACCUAAAAAACCCCAAUAACAGCUCCCUCAGUGAGGAAAUUAAAGUUCAACCAAGUCAGUUCAGAGAAUCUGCUGAAGCAAAUGGAAGGAUUUAUGAGGAACAGAGAAAGUUGGAAGAAAGUUUUACCAUUCACUUAGGAGCCCAGUUGAAGACCAUGCAUAAUCUGAGGCUGCUGAGAGCAGAUAUGCUGGAUUUCUGUAAGCACAGGAGGAACCACCGAAGUGGCGUGAAGCUCCACCGACUCCAGACAGCACUGUCACUUUAUUCCACGUCCCUCUGUGGCCUGGUGUUGCUGGUUGAUAAUCGAAUCAAUUCAUAUAGUGGUAUUAAAAGAGAUUUUGCCACAGUUUGCCAAGAAUGCACUGACUUUCAUUUUCCCCGAAUUGAAGAGCAGCUGGAGGUCGUCCAGCAGGUGGUCCUUUAUGCCAGAACCCAGCGCAGGAGCAAGUUGAAAGAAUCACACGAGUCUGGAAACCGAAAUGGAGGAAGUGACGAUAAGUCGAAGAUUGCGGAGAGAAACUACUUAAAUAUUUUACCUGGAGAAUUUUACAUCACUCGGCAUUCGAACCUCUCGGAAAUACAUGUUGCUUUCCAUCUUUGUGUGGAUGACAAUGUGAAAUCAGGGAACAUCACUGCUCGCGACCCUGCCAUCAUGGGACUCCGAAACAUACUCAAGGUUUGCUGUACCCAUGACAUCACAACCAUAAGUAUUCCUCUCCUGCUGGUGCAUGAUAUGUCAGAGGAAAUGACUAUACCGUGGUGCUUAAGGAGAGCAGAACUUGUGUUUAAGUGUGUCAAAGGUUUCAUGAUGGAAAUGGCCUCAUGGGAUGGAGGAAUUUCUAGAACAGUGCAAUUUCUGGUACCACAGAGCAUUUCUGAAGAAAUGUUUUAUCAACUUAGUAACAUGCUUCCCCAGAUCUUCCGCGUAUCGUCAACACUGACCCUGACCUCUAAGCACUAGACCCUCGUAGACCAACCCGCUGGCAGAAGAGGAUUGUUUAACGCUCCAGGAAUCUGAGCCAUGCUGGGAUUCUGUCAAGCAAAAGAUGCCCAGGAGGAGGACCUGCAAUCCAAUCCACAAAUCCAAUCACGACAAAUGUCUGUUAAACAGUCCAAAAAUCCAUGCUAAUCAGCCCUCACUUUAUACAUUUAGUCUUAAAGCUUCUUUAUGGGGGGAAAAAGUCUCUUUUUCCUACGGUUGUGUCCUAUCUGUGAAUAUUAGUGAGUUAAAACUAGGUGUAUAUCACACAUGGACACUAGAUGUAGAUCUUUCACUACAUUUUCAUGGAGAUAUUUGACUUGCCCAAAAGGUUUGGAUCACAUCCGGGACAAGGCUUAAUUAACAUACAAAUAAAAUCUUCCCUCUACCUUAUUUGCCAAGCGAAAAUUAAAAGACAAUGAAAUAUA